GGGCUGUGGGGCCUGUGGCGAUGGGCCGGGUGCGUUUCCCAGCCCCGAGCUGGGCAGGCCAGUGAGGAGGGUGUGUCUCACCUCCGCGUCGGUGUACGAGCCCACCAUCCGCCCCGGGUCCUCCGUAACGGGAGUGUCCCGUGAGCGCCCGCCGGGGCCGCUACCUCGUCCCCGCAGUUCUGACGCGACGGCCUGGGCUUCGUGCGCAUUUUGCGCCUGGGAAACUGAGGCUCGGAGUGCGACCGUCGGCCGAAGUGACCCCCUCACAACCCCCUCACCCCCCUGCUCUGGGCAGGAGGCGGGCGGCCGAAUCCUGGAGCCGCCUCUCUGGCCCGCUCUCUGCUCACGGUCCCGUGAUGGCGGCGGCGUGGUUGGACCGGGCGCGGAUGCUUGUUACUUAUGAGGAUGUGGCCGUGACUUUUACCCAGGAGGAGUGGGGGCAGCUGGACCCCGCCCAGAGGACCCUGUACCAGGAGGUGAUGCUGGAGACCUGCGGGCUCCUGGUCUCUCUGGGAUAUCCUUUGCCCAAGCCAGAGCUGAUCCACCCACUGGAGCACAGCCCAGAGUUACAGACGUCGAAGAGAGGCCUCUCCCCAAGCUCCUGCCCAGUUCGGGAGUCUGGGAAAUCCAGGAUCAAGGUGCUGGCAGAUCUGGCGUCUGAUGAGCGCCUGCUUCUUGGUAUGCAGAUGGCAGCCUUCUCAUUCUGUCCUCACAUGGCAGAGAAAAGAAGCAAGCUCCUUAGUAUCUUUUCUGGUGACAACACAAAACCUGAUACCACAGAGCCUACCCCUUCUCACCUGGCCUUGUCUGAGGAAGUCUCACCCCAGGAACAACGGAGUCAGCGAGCCUCAGGGGACUCCCUGUUGGGACAAACCAAGGAUCAGGAUGGGCCACUGGAAAUGCAUGAAGUCCACUUGAGACCAGGGAUGGACCCCCAGAGGGAGAAGCUCUCUGGGGAAAUGAGCCCUGAACAUGGUGGUUUAGGGACACAUGAUGGUCUUCACUCAAGGAUUGUUCAGCAGCGAGUCUUUCCAGGAGAUAUUCUUUAUGAAUGUGACUCACGUGGACCAGUGAAAGGACCCCUGAUACAUGAAGGGAAACACCUCUAUAAGUGUGAGGAAUGCGGGAAAGUUUUUAAUAAGAAUUGCUUCCUUGUUCGACAUGAGCAGAUUCACUCUGGCGUGAAGCCCUAUGAAUGCACAGAGUGUGGAAAAACCUUUAUUAAGAGCACACAUCUCCUCCAGCACCACAUGAUCCACACCGGGGAGAGGCCCUAUGAGUGCACAGAGUGCAGGAAGGCCUUCAACCGCAGGUCACACCUCACGAGGCACCAGCGGAUUCACACUGGAGAGAAGCCUUACAAGUGCAGUGAGUGUGGAAAGGCCUUCACCCACCGCUCCAAUUUAGUCUUACAUAACAGAAGCCACACUGGUGAAAAACCCUUUGUGUGCAAAGAAUGUGGGAAAGCCUUUCGAGAUAAGACAGGUUUCCUUCGACACUACAUCAUCCACACGGGAGAGAAGCCCUUUGAGUGUGUGGAGUGUGGGAAAUCCUUCAACCGCAGAUCACAUCUCACCUGGCACCAGCAGAUUCAUAGUGGAGUGAGACCCUUUGAAUGCAACGAAUGUGGGAAAGGCUUUUGUGACAGCACAGACCUCAUCCAACACUAUGUCAUCCACACUGGAGAGAAGCCAUACAAGUGCCUUGAGUGCGGGAAGGCCUUCUACCGGAGGUCACACCUCAAGCAGCACCAGCGGAGUCAUACCGGGGAGAAGCCCUAUGUGUGCGGUGAAUGUGGAAAGGCCUUUACCCACUGUUCCACUUUUAUCUUACAUAAAAGAGCCCACACUGGAGAAAAACCCUAUGAAUGCAAAGAAUGUGGGAAAGCCUUUAGCAAUCGGUCAGACCUCAUUCGACACUUCAGCAUCCACACUGAAGAGAAGCCUUAUGAGUGCAUGGAGUGUGGGAAAGCCUUUAACCGUAGGUCAUACCUCACCAGACACCAGCGGAUUCACAGUGGAGAGAAGCCCUAUGAAUGCAUGGAAUGUGGCAAAGCCUUUUGCCAAAGGGCAAACCUCAUUCGACAUGCCAUCAUCCACACUGGAGAGAAGCCCUAUGUGUGCACUGAAUGCGGAAAGGCCUUUACCUACUGUUAUACUUUUAUCUUGCAUAAAAGGGCCCAUAUUGGAGAAAAACCUUUUGAGUGCAAAGAAUGUGGGAAAGCUUUUAGCACUAGGAAAGACCUCAUUCGACAUGUCAGCAUCCAUGCUGGAGAGAAGCCCUACGAGUGCAUGGAGUGUGGGAAGGCCUUUAACCGCAGGUCAGGCCUCACCAGGCACCAGCGGAUUCACAGUGGAGAGAAGCCCUAUGAAUGCCUCGAGUGUGGGAAAACCUUCUGCUGGAGCACAAGCCUCAUUCGACAUUCUGUCAUCCACACUGGAGAGAAGCCCUAUGAGUGCAGUGAGUGUGGCAAGGCCUUCAGUCGCAGCUCAUCCCUCACUCAGCAUCAGAGGGUUCAUACUGGGAGAAACCCUGUCAGUGUGACAGGUGUGGGAAGAACCUUCACAAGUGGGCAAUCCUCAGUCAAUCUUCAAGAACUCCUAUUGGGGAAAGACUUUUUGCAUGUAACAACUGAGGAAAAUCUUUUGCCAGAGGAGACAUCUUACUCAGAGUCUGAUCAUUCAUACCAAAGAGAAACUUCUCAUUUUUCUUCCCCAUGAGAAAAGCUAUUGCAGGAUAUCAGUUGUCAUCUAAAGAGUCAUGUUAGAAAUGGCCUCAGCCUAGAAACUUAUUCUGUAUCUGAAAAUUCACACAGGAGAGUGAUCCAAUCUUUAUUGUGCACUUAGCAAAACCCUCAGCCACAUCUUUCUCCUUAGUUUACGCUACAAAAUUAUCUCAGGGAUAUUUAAACAAAAGAGGAGGAGACGAGAAAAGAGAAAUGCAAACACAGCUUUCAGAUUUCCGUGAUGAGCCUGUGGCAAUUUGUCAUCCCUUCCUUAGUUUAUUUGAGGUAAGGGGAGUGUUGUUGCAGAGAUCAGAGGGCCUUGUUCCUUUUAUUUGUCUUGAAUAUACAUGCACUGCUGUCCAGUGUCAGGAGAGUUAGACAGUUGAGGGUAUGCCUGAAAACAUUUACUGAAAGCCAUCUUUGUUCUACAACAUUGUCUCUAUCCUUAAGUAGCAUAUGUCUUUAUGAGAAAUAUGAAGGCUUGACUUAUGAAAUACUUUCAUAUUUAAGGAGAUAAAGAUGUAUGCAUGAAUGGGCCCAUUUUACUGCAUAUUUAAGACUGAUUUUUUGAGAACAUACUGUGUCAUGUGUCUUUAACCACCCAACACUCAUACUUAAUCUACUUGUUUAUUUUUUCUUUUUUUUUUUCUGUGGGGUGACGACAGUGUAGCUGUGCAACCUUCCCAGAUGAAUCCCAGUUCUUCCCUGAUUCCUCCUUAGAGAGGCUUCUUCAGGUCCACCUCAGUGACUUUCUAGAGGUCUAAUUAGAGCCAGAACAAAAUAAGACCACAUAGCUAAAUUAAGCUAAAGGAUAAUGAUACAUGCAGAGAGGUAGUCUCAUUUUUAAUCUUACAAAAGAUUGUGUGAAGAGUCACUGUCAAGUAAAGUGACUAGAAUUUUAACAGGUGAAAUGAGCAUGUGUGGGUGCAGGUACAUGUGUGUUCCAUAGUUGUUGCCAUUGGCUUAGUCCCAGUAUAAUGACUAAUGACUAGUAUCUUUUGUCAGGGUAUUUUGAAAUUCCUUCUUUGGAGUGUUGGUUUGUUGUGGGUUUUUUUUUUUUUUUUUUUUGAGCAACAUGUGAUAGUAUUCCUUCAUGUUAAGAAAUAUACUGUACAGAAAGACAUAAAAAUAAUCAUGCAUUCACUCUGAACCCUCCUCAGGGCCUUUCAAAUGACCGCAUGUCUAGUUUUGCAUUCCCGUUGAAGGCCAAGUCAUUUUUUUUUUUUUUUUAAUUUUUUUUUUUCCAAGUCAUUUUUGUUAUGUUAAUCCAUGGCAUUGUGAAGGCCCCUUCUUCAUGCUUUUCAUGUCUUGUCUAAGAAGUCUUCAGCAAGCUCUAGGUCCUGAAUAUUUUCUCCUAAAAGUCUUAUAGUUUUACCUUUUAUAUUUAAAUCUCUAGUCCAUGUUGAGUUAAUUUUUGUAUUGCCAUGUGAAGUUUAGGUUGUGUUUUUUGCCUCAGGAUGUUCAGUUCUGGUACCAUUUGUGGAAAAGACUCUCCUGCCUCUAUUGAAGUGAACUUAGUAAAAAAUCAGUUGGGCAUAUUCAUUUUGGUCUAUUUCUGAGUUCUUUAUAUUAUCCCGUUGAUCUGGGUAUUUAAACCUUUGCUAAUACCACAUUAUCUUGAAUACUGUAGCUAUCAUUAAAUCUUAAAAUUGGGUAAAGUGAUUCCAUCUUCUUUAUUGUUUUUAAAAAUUGAUUUAGCUUUCCAUGUCAAUUUUUCCUUUGGUUUUCUGUAUAAAUUUUAUCAUGUGCUUGUCUGUAUUUUAAAAACAUCUUGUGGGAUUUUUUUAUAGAUGUUACAUUAAUCUGUGGAUCAUUUUGGUGAGAUCUGGCAUUUUUAUUAUGUUGAGUCUUCCAUUCCAUGAAUGUGGUAUGUCUCUCCAUUUAUUUAGAUUCUCUGAUUUAUUUCAUUAGUGUUUUAUAAUUUUCACCUUACAGAUCCUGAACAUAUUUUGUUAGAUCUUUAUCCAUGCACCUUUUCUUGGAGUCAUUAUAUGUGGUAUUGAGUUUUUCAUUUCAGUUUGCUUGUUAUCAUUACUGUUAUAGGGAAAUAUAAUUAAUUUAUAUAUGUUGACCUUGUAUCCUGUGCUGUUGCUGGACUCAGUUAUUAGUUCUAGCAGGUUUUUUUUUUUUGGUAGAUCAGGAUUUUCUUCAUAAGCAAUAAUGUUAUCAGUGAAUAGUGAACAUCUUACUUCUUCCUUAUGUGUAUCCAUUUUAUUUCCUUUUCCUUUCUUUAUUCUACUAGCUAGAAUUUCCUGUACAAUGUUGAAUAGAAAUGGUGAAAGAGCACACACUUACCUUGUUUGUUUUUUUUUAAUAAAUUUAUUUAUUUUUGGCUGCAUUGGGUCUUCAUUGCUGCACACAGGCUUCUCCCUAGUUCUGGCGAGCGGGGGCUACUCUUCGUUGCAGUACUCGGGGCUUCUCGUUGUAGUGGCUUCUCUUGUUGCGGAGCACAGGCUCUAGGCACGCAGGUUUCAGUAGCUGUGGCACACAGGCUCAGUAGUUGUGGCACAUGGGCUUAGUUGCUCUGUGGCAUGUGGGAUCUUCCCGGACCAGGGCUCAAACCCAUGUCUCCUGCAUUAGCAGGUGGAUUCUCAACUAGUGUGCCACCAGGGAAGCCCACUUGUCAUGUUCUUAAUGUUAAGGGGAAAGUGUUCAGUGUUGCUUGACCAUUAAAUAAGAUGAUAGUGUGGGUUUUUAUAUAGAUGUUUUUUAUCUAGUUUGGAAGGUUUCCCUCAUUUGCUAAGAGCUUUCAUUAUGAAUAGGUGUUGAAUUUUAUCAGAGGCCUUUUCUCCUUCAGUUAAUGUGAUCAUAUGACUUUUCUUCUGUAGCCUGUUGAUAUGAUAGAUUGACUGGAUUUGAAUGUUGAACCAGCCUUGCAUUUUUGUACUGUUAUUGGUAUCUGAGUAAUACUGGCCUCCCAAAAUGAACUAAGAAGUGUUCCCCCACCCCCACCCUAUCCCCCCCAACCUGGGUGAGAUUUUGUAGAAUUGGUUUUAUUUCUUCUCUAAAUGUUUGGUAGAAUUCUCUGGUGAAACCAUUUGGGCCUGGAGAUUCCUUUUAAUGUAAUUUUUUAAUUGCAUCUCAUGAGAAUAUGUAGGGAUGUCAUUAGUUCUCAAACACUGUAAAGCGAAGUCUCAAGUUGACUAUCCUAUAAUAAUUUAAAAACAAGAUUAUGCUUUGAAUAAUAGGGCUUGAACACUUUGAAGGACCAUAGAGACCCCUUCAAUUUAAUGAUUAGAAAACUGAGGUGCAGAGAAGUCAGGUGACCAGCCCAAGCCCAUAUUCUCAAGACAAGGGCAGAUCCCAUCUAUUUCUCCUAACUUACUGGACUGCUGCCCAUUAUACUGCUUAUAAAAGCCCUAUCAAAUUGGCAUUGGGGAUGUCAUUAUUUUCAAAAAACAUGUUCUCCAGUUUUGAUUGUCUUUGCUUCCUUCAGGCAUGGGUUAUUUCUUAUUUUGUAACUUAAUUUCCAAGCACAUCUUUAAAUGUUUUCAUUCACAUCUUCUGUUACUAAUCUCUGUCCUGUCCUAUUCAUUCUCUGUUUUGUUUCAUUCUUUGCAAGUUGAAGAGGUUUUUUUUAUGGUCCUA